CUGAACACACGGUACCAUCUCAGAGCAAGGGGACUCAACAUUAACACUGACUGAAGAUGCUGUGCUCCCAAAUAUUCCAGUCUUCCCUCAGCCCAUUGAUGGACUUCUACUGGCCUGUGUGUAGUCUUUGGCCAGAGGUUCAACCUCUUUUUUGCCAGCGGGAUCUACUGCAGAGAAACAUGCUGGAGCUCAAGAGCAGGCUGGAGCUGAUGGAGAAACUUCAGCAGCACAUCUUUGAGGAGAUGGACUAUGUCCCAGCCUCUGUGGUCAUCCAACCAGUCUCCUACACACUGGAGAAAGAGGGAGAGGGCUUUGCCCUGACACUGGAGACUAAAGACUUCUCCCCAGAGGAGCUGUCUGUCAAGCAGGUGGGCAGGAAGCUGAGAGUCAGUGGGAAGACAGAGAAGAAGCCGGAUGAAAUGGAAGGCUCUUACUCUUACAGAUGCCAGGAGUUCAGACAGGAGUUUUAUCUGCCUGAAGGGGUGAAUCCUGAGACAGUCACCUGCUCCCUGGAUCAUGAUGGGAAGCUCCACAUUGAGGCUCCAAAGAAUCCAUUAUCUGCUGAGGAGGAAGUGACUGAGAGAGUGGUGCCCAUCAACUGUAGCAUGGAUGUGAAGACGCCACAAUUCCUCAGCUCACAGACAGAGGACAGCACCACAGAGGGAAGCACCACAGAGGACAGCACCACAGAGGGAAGCACCACAGACAUACAGAGGAAUCAAUAACUGGGCAAAAGGUUGAUAGCCUAAAGACUGAACCUAUUUUCACUUCUAAUCUCAUGUUUUUUAUAACACUAUC